UCAGAAAACCUAACCUUAAAAAGUAAACAAGUUCGAGCGAAUUAUUGAUAAGAAUUAUUUUAUUGAGAUUUCCUCUUUUAUGCAUUGUUAUUAACUUUUAAAUUUAAUGUGGCAUGCUGUUCAUUCUUACCAAAUGUUUAUCUAGUGUGAGAAACACAAAGAACAAACACAACAAAUAACAUAACCUAUCAUUCAACUCAUACUCAUAUUUUGCGUGUACUAUGGAAGUCGGAGCUGUAAAACAAGCUUUUAAUAACGAGGUUAUCCAUUUGAAAAAGAGUUUAAAUCAAGCUAAAAUCCAUACUAUACAUAAACUAACUAGGAAGGCAAAGACUUUCAACGAGAAAAAGGCUCCAGAUAAAGUAAAGGAAAAGUUAAAACGGAAAGCAGAGUCAGCUGUGAAUGAAGUCUUAAUUAUCAAGAAAAUCAAGCCUCGAGAUGUUGCAAGAUUCAUAGUCACACAUAAAGGUAAUCUAAUUGAUUUUAUAAAUAAACCUGAAGUGGACCAGAACAAGGCAUGUGCGAGGCUACUGCUUCAUAAAGCGUUGCAACAGAAAUAUACAAGUAUAAAAGAUAGAUUCGGCAACAUAUCUAUUAAUGAUUUGCUUAUGUCAAGGCAUGAACGCAGAAAGCUCAAGAAGGAAUUGAGAGACAAACAGAAAGAAAAGCGAAAAGGUAAAGGCAAAACAGGUGAUAAAGUGCAAAAUGAAAAAGGCAUUGAAAUGGUUGAGAAAGAGAAUGGUAAUGAUGAUGAAGAUAAUAUGAGUGUAUCACAUGAUGAAAACGACUCUAGUGAUAUGUCAGAUGAUUCAGAUAAUGAAGAAAUUGAAGAAAAUGUUGCUAGUAAUACAAAAGAAUCUGAAAAUGAAGAUACAGGGAAAGAAGAAAAUGAAAAUGUUUCUAGUAAAAUGAAAGAAUCGGACAAUGAAGAUGAUGAAAUGAUAGGAAAUUCAGACGAAAAUGUUGGUAAUGAUGUAGAUAGUGACCAUAAUGAUGAAACUGUUCAAAAUGAUGAUGAUAAUGUAGUAGGGAAGUUUGUUAGAGCUACUCCAAUUAAGGAAAGCAGUGAAACAAAACCUGUAGUCAAAGUAAAUAAGCCUAUUGUUAAAAAGGAUAUUAAAAAGUCAGAUAAAAAGAAAGAGAAUAAAAACAAAAAUAUAAAUGAGAAGAUAUUAAAACGGAACUUUAAUAAAAAAGAAGAUGAAGCUAUAAAAGCAGUUAAAGUUGUUGAUCCUUUUUUUAAAACAUCAAGUGGUGAUAAUUACAUGUCCCUAGCUGAACCUAGGGCUCCAGAUGAAGUCAAAGAAGUACAUAAGCAAGGAAAUAGGCAAUAUAGAAGAGCUGUUAUGUUUGGACAUGUACCUAAAAGUAAACCUAGAAAUUAUCAACAAGAUAAUAGAGAUAAUAAAUUCAAAAAUUCAUACAACAAAAAUGCUAAUUCAUAUGAUAAAAAUGAUGAUAAAUUCAAUAAGAAUAAUAAUUUCAAGUCAUACAAUAAUAAUGAUAGGAAAAGCAAGUUUAAUGAUCAUCAAUCAAAAGAUAAAUUUGAUGAAAAACCAGAAAAGUUACAUCCCUCAUGGGAAGCAAAGAAGAAACUGUCAUCUGUGUUACCAUUUCAAGGUAAAAAAAUUGUUUUUGAUGAUAGUUAAAGGAUUAAAAAUAUUUUUCAAUA